UAAAAUUAAAGAUUGGGGUUGUAAAAAUUCCCCCAUAAAAAACGUCGAAGACGGAACCAGAGUCUCAGACUCAGAGUGGGAGAGUUGGCAACUGUGCAUGUGCUUUUAGUUUGUCGUUGUGUUGGGUACAAGUUAACUCUGCGAAUCUGCAAAGUCACGAGCAUUAAAAUUCAAAACACACUUGUUUUAAUCCAAACUUUUGAUUUGAGGUGGCUUUGAUCCUUUCCGAUUUCAGAGACACAGUAAACAGAGCAAGAUCAAUGGCCGAAGUGGUGGCUUCAGCUCCUGGGAAAGUGUUGAUGACUGGAGGCUAUCUCAUCUUGGAGAGACCGAAUGCUGGAAUUGUUUUGAGUACUACUGCUCGAUUUUACGCCAUUGUUAAGCCGCUUUAUGAUGAACUCAAAUCCGAUAGCUGGGCAUGGGCUUGGACUGAUGUCAAAUUAACAUCACCUCAGCUCUCCAGAGAAAGUGUGUAUAAAUUGUCACUCAAGAGUUUAGUUCUUCAGAGUGUCUCUUCAAGUGAAUCGCGAAAUCCUUUUGUGGAACAUGCAAUUCAAUAUGCAGUUGCUGCUGCUCAUGCCACAUUUGAUAAGAAUAAGAAGGAUGAAUUACACAAACUACUCUUGCAGGGACUUGAUAUCACAAUUUUAGGUUGCAAUGACUUCUAUUCAUAUCGGAAUCAGAUUGAAGCACGUGGGCUCCCUUUGACACCAGAAGCAUUAGCUGUCCUUCCACCCUUUACAUCAAUAACCUUCAAUGCAGAGGAUUCAAAUGGAGAAAAUUGCAAGCCUGAAGUUGCAAAAACUGGAUUGGGUUCGUCUGCAGCAAUGACAACUGCUGUGGUUUCUGCCUUACUUCAUUACCUUGGGGUGGUUAAUCUUUCCUUUUCCAAUGACCAACAGAAUGAAAAGAAGGAUUCAGCAGAUCUUGAUGUUGUACAUAUGAUAGCUCAAACUGCUCACUGUAUUGCACAAGGGAAGGUUGGCAGUGGGUUUGAUGUCAGUUCUGCAGUUUAUGGCAGCCAGCGUUAUGUCCGGUUUUCACCAGAAGUGAUUUCUUCUGCUCAGGUUGCAGUUAGAGGAGCACCAUUAGAAGAUGUUGUUGCUGAUAUCCUAAAAGGGAACUGGGAUCAUGAGAGAACUAAGUUUUCCUUGCCACCAUUGAUGAGUCUCUUGUUAGGAGAACCGGGAACUGGUGGGUCAUCCACACCUUCAAUGGUUGGUGCAGUGAAAAAGUGGCAAAAGUCUGACCCUGAGAGAUCCCAGGAAACAUGGAGAAAGUUGUCAGAAUCAAAUUCUGCACUUGAAACACAACUGAGUAUGUUAAGCAAAUUAGCAGAAGAACAUUGGGACACAUACAAAUGUGUGAUAGAGACUUGCAGCAGGCUCAAGUCAGAGAAGUGGAUGGAGCAAGCCACUGAACCAAGUAAGGAAGCAAUUGUUAAAUCAUUGUUAGGAGCAAGAGAUGCUAUGCUUUGGAUUAGAUAUCAUAUGCACCAGAUGGGUGAGGCCGCAGGUGUUCCGAUAGAACCUGAGUCACAAACUCAGCUUUUAAAUGCUACUAUGAACAUGGAAGGAGUUUUGUUGGCCGGAGUUCCUGGAGCAGGUGGAUUUGAUGCUAUUUUUGCUGUUACAUUAGGGGAUUCAGGCAGCAACUUGACCAAAACAUGGAGUUCACUCAAUGUUCUGGCAUUGUUAGUUAGAGAAGACCCUCGCGGCGUUUGUUUAGAAAGUAGUGAUCCACGAACCAAAGAAAUUACAUCAGCCAUUUCUUCAACUCACAUUGAGUAAGCCCACAUUGUUCAUUCUUAUUUUAAUAAAUUAUAAACAUCAUCUUGAGAUCUAGUGUGAAAAUUUUUG